AUGGCGAGAUUUUCUUUUGGUCUGUUAGAAGAGACUGAAAUACGGAAGCCUUCGAAAGUACGCAUGGUAUUCUUCAUAUUGUUUCUGCUGCUUCUUAUUCUGUCCGUAACCUUCAUUGCGCUGUAUUUUAAAGAGAAGACCAAAUCUACAGAUUCCUCUGAGAAGACCAAAUCUACAGAUUCCUCUGAGAAGACCAAAUCUACAGAUUCCUCUGAGAAGACCAAAUCUACAGAUUCCUCUGAGAAGACCAAAUCUACAGAUUCCUAUGAGAAGAUCAAAUCUACAGAUUCGACAUCUGAGACGACCAAAUCCACGUAUUCACCCUACACAUCUGAGAAAACCAAACCUACAACUUCGCCAUCUGCUGGGACAUGUCUUUCUCCUGCUUGUGCCACCAGUGCAGGUAUGUUAGGGCUAUUUUCAUUAUAUAGCCUCGCAGUGACAAGAUAG